AUGGAUGCCAUUGCCGCCGAUCAUGAACAUAAGAGAGGGAGUAGUAAGAAUUUAAGGGUGCAUUUUGAUGUUCCCUCUAAAGAAGUUGAAAUUGAACCCCCCGUUAGUAAUCAUCAAAAAACUUCAGGUUCGUCUUCUUCUUCUCCUUCUUCUUCUUCUUCUUCUCCUUCUUCAUCACCAGCUUCUUCGAUGGAUGUAGCUGUUGUUGAUCAGACGGUCGUUAACGGCCCUGCUUUUGAAUCUGAAAAAGAUAACGGCCUUGAGAUGGAAGGACUGGCAUCACCGUCUGUUUCCGAUCCCUCCCCUGUUUGGAGCAAUCAAAGUGGGUCGGGUGCCCAAUCUCCUUCAAUUCAGCUGAUGGGGCGGCCGGCAGGCUACGAUCCGAAUCGAAUCCCAUCUUCAAUAUUUUCUUCCAAAUCCACAACGCCUAUGGAAUGGAGCGUCGCUUCGAAUGAAUCGUUGUUCAGUAUUCACAUCGGAAAUAGCAGCUUCUCAAGAGAUCAUUUUAUUAUGUUCAAUAAUAGAUCUGGAGAGAUACCGAGGUCGGAUGAAUUGAUGAUGGCUUCUGCUCCGGGCCCCCUCCCCCGUCUUCCUCCAUCAGAACCCGAUAAAACCAAGACUGCCGAUGUGGCAACAGAAGCAGCAAACGAAACCAAUAAUGCCGUUUGGAAGGGAUCUCCAAAAGAUGAUCACAAGGGAAGAGCUACUCCGGUUGAGGAUGUCGGAUACUACAAUACUGUCUCUUACCGAUCCGAUGAGAGCAAUGCCAGCACCCGCUCCUUUCAUUUUCCAUUUUUUGCAGGAGAUAGUGGAAUAAAUAGCCCUGCGGCGCUGGACUUGGAAAUGCAGUACCCACCACGGCAGCAGCAGCUGCAGCAGCAGCAGCAGCAUCAGAGCUCAAAGCCUGCUAGAGCCUAUUGGUAUCAUGACAACUACUGCAUCCUGCUUGGUCUGGUUUUGAGAACAUUGGUAAUAAGCAACCAACCAUAA